CGCCCACGGGCCGACGAUGACACUGAGCCCCGCGGACGCGCAAGGCUAGCCUGUGGCGCCAGCCAGAGCGUGACGAGUGGGGAGCGGAACCCCGAGGCCGCUGCUGGUCAGGGCGGGGGCCGUGGCCCCGGGGCAGCGACCGAACGCGGAUGGCAGGUCGUCAGGCUCGCGCAGUGCCCUGCAAGGACUGCCAGGCCAUAAUGAAAGUUCUCUUACUGAAAGACGCCAAGGAAGAUGGCUGUGGCCCAGAUCCGUACAUCAGGGAAUUAGGAUUAUAUGGACUCGAAGCCACUCUGAUCCCUGUUUUAUCAUUUGAGUUUUUGUCUCUUCCCAGUUUUUCUGAGAAGCUGUCUCAUCCUGAAGGCUAUGGAGGACUCAUUUUUACCAGCCCCAGAGCAGUGGAAGCAGUGGAGCUGUGUUUGGAGAAAGACAAUAAAACGGAAGUCUGGAAACAUUCUCUGAGAGAAAAAUGGAAUGCUAAGUCAGUGUAUGUGGUCGGAAAUGCUACUGCUUCUCUAGUGAACAAAAUCGGCCUGGACACAGAAGGAGCAAACUCGGGAAAUGCAGAAAAGCUUGCAGAAUACAUUUGUUCCCGGGAGUCACCGGCAUUGCCCCUUCUGUUUCCCUGUGGAACCGUCAAAGGAGAAAUCCUGCCGAAAAUGCUCAAGGAUAGAGGGAUCCCCAUGGAGAGCAUAACUGUCUAUCAGAAGAUCCCACACCCAGGAAUCCAAGUGAACCUCAACAGCUACUAUUCUAAGCAGGGCGUUCCGGCCAGCAUCACGUUCUUCAGUCCCUCCGGCCUUAUGUACAGCCUCAAGCACAUUCAAGAGUUAUCUGGUGACAGCAUCGAUCGAAUUAAGCAAAGACAGAGGACGCAGCAAAUCAGCAACCAUGCGAUAAGCAGUAAGCCGCAGCCAAUGGCAAUCAUAACCUCCACGUCAGUGGCCAUCGUCAAAGCGUCUCACACACCUGCGCAGAGAAGUGCGGGCGGGCAGUGACUGCGGUCUCCUUCCCCCCGGCCCCCUCGCGACCUCGGCACACGUCCUUCUGUGGGGAAGCAGGAGCCCCAAACCACAGAGCCUUCCACGUGUAAGUGUGUGUGACUGCGCCCGGGGAGGCCUGGGGGCCAAGGCUGGCCAUGGGGAAAGGGGAUUUCUUCGCAGGUGGAGAGUGAGUGAAAUGCAAAGUCCAGAGUGAAGGAAAUCAGAAGAUCAGGGAGUGGGAAGACUUUUUCUCUCAUUCACGGGCAGAAAUGUGUGGCUGUAAGUCACGCCCAGGCCUGCCCUUGCACAGGUGGUUUCCAAAAACUUGGGCCUUUGAGAUCAAUCCAUAGUCAGAGGCAGAACUCAUCCCUGACUGUGUAUCAGGCUCAGAAAUCUCCCAUGGGAAUAAUUAAGGGAAAGUCUCUUUCAAAAUGUUAUGCUGUGUGAAGCUGAGAAUAUGCAACCCCAUAUUGUACAGACAUGUACUUCAGGGGGGCAAAAAGUCUCAGUCCUUCCACUGACAACUGGAUCAUGCCAUCUCAGCAUUUAAGAAGAUUCUAGAAGCUUCCAGCCAAAUCCUUCCCCAAGCUCAGAUGAGGAGUGCCCUGCACAGACCAGGAACCAGCUUCUCUAGGAGCCCCUGUACCUCCUGUCUGUACUGUAGACCACCUGCUUUUCUCUGCCAUUUUUUCUCCUAAAUCUGAUUUCCUUAAAAUCCAAUUUACC